AUGGAUUAUACUCAGUUUAAGAUGUCGGAUAUGGAUGCAAGACAUGUUAAGCCGCCGGAUAUUCUGUCAUCUGCGUCAAACCCUAAUAAGGGUUUUGCGUCAAGGUUGUUGAAUAUUGACGGCAAAACAUUCUGCCCGCGUAGAGGAGUUUUGUCUGAUCAUCAACAGGGACCAAAGAUAGUUAACAUCAUAGAUGAACUUACUAAGAUCACAGUUCUAGUUGAUUAUAAAGCCGAUGGUCAUGGUGUCGAUAAACCUGAUGCUGUGCAUGAUGAGAAUUUCUGGGAAACUUAUAAGGAGGAAAAAUCAGCCUCGUAUGCUGAUAAGGUGCAGUCUACUUGUAAGAAAAGAGAGGUAAAUUUCAGACUUAUGGAACCUAUGGAAACAAGAGAUGAUGCGGAUAUUGUUAUACCGAGAGAGGUGGUGCAGCAGGUUCAACACAAAUUUGAUAAUGUGCUCUAUGGUUAUUUUUUAGGGAAUUGCUUGCCGUUUCCGGUGGUUGAAUAUUAUGCGAAGAAUGUAUGGGCUAAAUUUGGGUUUUUAAAACUUAUGAUGAACACGUCAGGUUUCUUUUUCUUUAAGUUUGAUUCAAAGGAGGGUUUGACGAAAGUAUUGGAAGGAGGACCAUGGUUAAUACGAAAAGUUCCGCUGUUUCUGAAUGUAUGGUCUCCGAAGGUUACACUUAAGAAAGAUAGUAUCAAAACAGUUCCUAUAUGGGUUAAGUUGCACAAUGUGCCGAUUGUGGUUUAUACUGAUGAUGGAUUGAGCUUGCUGGCAUCGAAGUUAGGGGUUCCUAAAAGGUUAGAUUCUUAUACCGCUGAUAUGUGUGUUGAUAAUUGGGGUAGGAGUAGUUAUGCUCGUGCGAUGAUUGAGAUAAAUGCUGACAAUGAGCUAAAGGAUCACAUUACUGUAGCUAUCCCGAAAAUGGAUGAGGAGGGUUUUAUAUUGGAACGGGUUAAAGUUGAAUAUGAGUGGAGGCCGCUUCGCUGUAGUUCAUGUUGUUUGUUUGGCCAUGAUGAUAAUACAUGUCACAAGAAACCUAAUGGUAAGGCUAAGGUGGUAACGGUUGAUGAGGAGGGAUUUGUUACUGAUAACAGGAGGAUGGCGAGGUACUCGUUUCCUCAAAAAAAGCAAAAACCUAAGGUUGUGUAUAAACCUAAGACUAAUAAAAAUCAUGCAAGUACGUCUGGGACGAAAGGGGAUAGUUCGGAUGUGCCGUUGUCAAACUCCUUUGAGGUGCUUGAUAAUAAUAAGAAUGAUGAGAAAAGGGAUCCGACUAGUGACAAGUCGAUGAUUAAUGAAACUCAUGGGACUCGUAUACAACAACCUGAUGAAGUUAACGAGGUGAACCCGACAGAGAUGGCUGAUUUUAUGAGAGAGUCUCAUGUGGAUGUUAAUAAGCUGAAUAGGAUAUGUGAAAAGGUUUUUCGGAAUUGGAAGUGGACAUCGAACGGAGGUAUGUGUCAAAGAGGUACGAGGGUUAUAUUGGGGUGGAAUGUGGAUGAUAUUGAUCUUAUGGUUAUAUCCCAAUCAGACCAGGUUAUUCAUGCUCAGGUAUUGUUAAAAUCGGUCAAAAAGACAAUAUUUUGUUCUUUUGUGUAUGCGGAAAACAAGUAUCAGGAUAGGAGAAGCUUGUGGGCUGAUUUGUGUAGAUUUAAAGGCAUCACUCAUGACACCCCUUGGGUUGUAAUGGGUGAUUUCAACGCUGCUUUGAAUAUGGAGGAUUUUGUGAUGGGGCCAUUAUCCCAUACUAUAGCUAUGCGAGAAUUUUAUGAGUGUAUUCAAGAGGCAGAAUUGAUUGAUGUUAAGAGUCAUGGGUUGCAUUAUACUUGGAAUCAAAAACCAAGGGAUAGGGUAGGAAUGCUAAAGAAAAUUGACCGUAUUAUGGGUAACAUCAAACUUAUUGAUGUUUUUUCGGAUGCUUAUGCUAUAUUUCAGCCUUUCCGUGUUUCUGAUCAUGCUCCUGCUAUCUUGAAGUUAUUCUCCAUGUCUACGGACCGGCCUAAACCAUUUAAAUUCCCGAAUUUUAUUAUCACAAAGCCAGAGUUCCGCCAAGCUGUGAUAUCCGAAUGGAAUAAAACCGUGGAGGGGGCUACCAUGUUUUCUGUGGUUAUGAAAAUGAAGAGCCUGAAAAUGCAUUUUCGGAGGAUAUUGCGUAAUCAAGGUAAUCUGCAUAAAAGAGUUACAGACUUACGGAAUGAACUUGACCAGAUCCAAAAACAGGUGGAAGCUCAUCCUUUUGAUGCUUCUAUUCGGUUAUUGGAGACUAGCUGUUUACGAGAAUUCAAGUCAGCGGUUUAUGAUGAGGAGUGCUUCUUGAAACAAAAAUCUAAUGUGCAAUGGUUAUGUGCGGGUGAUUCAAAUACGUCCUACUUUCAUAAUUGUGUGAAGAGUAGGAAUGCUAGAAGGUUACCCCGGUAA